GCAAAAGGCAGCAGGCAAGAGAAGAAAAAAAAGUGAUCCUCUUUUCGUCGUGUCGUCUGUCUCGGACAAGGAAGAAAAAAUUAGGCUGUGGUUCUUUCGGAUUUCAGUUUUCCGAGCUUUAAUAAAACAUUUUUCCUUGGUUCUAUCGAUCCCUCAGGGUGUUCGAUUCCGGAUUACGCGCUAGCAGCUGGUGGUGAAGCUACAAACGGCAAGGUUGUGUGCUAAAAGUCCAAAAGUUGGGUGUAAACAAUAAAAAGUGGUUCUCUCGGAAGCAGCAGAAAAAGGGAAUAAGUGAAAAAGUUAGUCAUCUUGUACGAGUGUUAACCAGCUUGUUGGUGAAAAAUGUUGGCCCUGAUCAAUCGGAUUCUGGAUUGGUUCAAGAGCCUGUUCUGGAAGGAGGAGAUGGAGCUGACGCUGGUCGGGCUGCAGUAUUCGGGCAAGACGACCUUUGUCAACGUUAUUGCUUCUGGUCAGUUCUGCGAGGACAUGAUUCCGACCGUCGGCUUCAACAUGCGCAAGGUGACGAAGGGCAACGUAACGAUCAAGGUGUGGGACAUCGGAGGCCAGCCACGGUUCCGAUCGAUGUGGGAACGGUACUGCCGCGGGGUCAAUGCCAUCGUCUACAUGGUUGAUGCGGCCGAUUUGGAUAAGAUGGAAGCUUCCCGGAACGAGCUGCACUCGCUGCUGGAUAAGCCCCAGCUGGCCGGCAUCCCGGUGCUGGUGUUAGGAAACAAACGGGACAUUCCCGGAGCGCUCGACGAGACUGGCUUGAUAGAGAGAAUGAACCUCUCCAGCAUACAGGACCGGGAAAUCUGCUGUUACAGCAUCUCGUGCAAAGAGAAGGAUAAUAUCGACAUCACCCUGCAGUGGCUGAUCGCCCACUCCAAGAGCCAAAGCCGUUAAGAAGUGCGGUGUCGUCGUUAUUGCAGCAAGUGUGUCGGUCUGUGAGUAUGUGUGAGUGUUUGUUGUGUACAUUUUGCUAGUGUCUAUUGGCUAGGGGAUUUUUACGAACUGUUUUAAAAAUCAAUGAGCAUGCGACGAAACUGAUGGACUGAUGGAAUACGACUACGAGGCCGCGAUCACCAACAAAGCGCACCGACACCACACACUCACCGUUUUUAGUAAGGUAAACACAUGAAUUUAGAAAUGAGGACACAAUUAGAACAUUCAGCAGAACACUUAGGUAUACCCGAAAAGCUCGAGGUUAAGACUCUCCUAGGAUUGUUGUUAGGUACGUGGGAACCGUACGUUCUCCGAAUCUCAGAAACAUACACACCGGUACGAUCGAUCGAAAUGAAAAUGGGACAGCCCCGGGGAUCAUUGCAAGUAGGGAUUAAGCAAAAAGUGGAAGAUUUGCGUGAAUGCGAUUGAUUAUAAGUUGUAGCAACUAAGCAGAAUCUUGUUUUUAAAAUACAGUUUAUUACCAAACCAAGCAAGCAAAUUCAACAAUACGCGGGAAAAAAAAACUGUCGUUGAAAAACAGAAGGGGAGUGAUCGGGAUGAAGCAGCCUAGGAACCCAAAUCAAUCAACAGUUAGUAACGCAAAAGAAACGCCAAAUAAUUCACACUAGAAAAAAAUCACACAGCAACAAACUUUGGCGACACACACUAAUCCGAGUUGUUGCCGCUCACACAAUAAUGGAUGCACGCGGAAAGAAAAUUCUGCUAGGAAAACAAUUAAAUUGAAACAAAUCUGCUUUUUAGAUAACUGUUGUUAAUUGAGUACGUGUGGGAAGAAUGAGCGGUCCUUUUUCAUCAGUUUGUUUGUUCUUUUUUUUCCGAUUCUGUUGUCUCCAGUCCGCCGAAAAGUUCGGUUUUCUUUCGUGGUUUUUAUCCCGUUCCCAUAGUUAUUAUUUGAAUGAGUACACGAGAGCGAUCUGAGUGAGGUGACCGUGCGAGCGAAUUGACCUUCAAUUGAUAGUAUAAAAUAUCCUAAAACAAAACACAGUUGAACACAUUAUUCUCUAGCGCUAACUGAUAUUUUUCGAUGUUAAGGAACAAGAAACGAACCAACCCUUCAAAGUUUUAUUUUACACAUUUUAAAGGCUUCUUAUUCAUAUACCUUAUUGUUUUUUAAUGUAAGCAUAGAGUUCAGUUUAUUUUUCUCUAAUUUUUAAGAUGGUCCAUUUCUAACAGAAAAAUUCUAGGUUUCGCGCAGUGAUAUGUUGAAUAAUGUUAAAACGUAAUAUAAAUAAUAAAAUCAAGUCGAUAUAGAUCAGAAGUAACACAAUAAUAUCCGAAUUGGGUUUAACGUUGCGAUGCCAUUGUCAGGAAGAGAAAAAAACACAGUUCUCAGUAAUGGCUUUCUUCUUUUCUAAAUUUUACUAGGUACCAAAAUUGUAGUGUCAUUGUCAAAAUUUAAAAUUCGUUAAUCAAAGUUAGCUUCCCUAUGUAGUAGCAGUUGAGAGAGUUGUUCGCGUUUCCAGUCUAAUCUUGGGUAUUAUUUUCCAGUUUUUUUUUUGUUAAGUUCUUGUAUGUAUAUGUUUUUCUUCUGGUGAAACAAAUUUCAAGCGAAUAUAUUAAUCAUUAUGACAACAAAACGAGAAGAGACAAAAAACAAAUAUAGUUAGUAGAUGAUACAAACAACUGGAAACUAAGAAUGAAUAUGAUUAAUGAUAAAUUGAUUACUUAAACUUAUACUGUAUAUAAUGACAACAUAUGAUAAUAAUAAUAAAAUAUUAUAUGACUAUA